CAAAUUCCCUCAAUGUGUAGUGUAAGCCAACAUUACCUCCACCACCACUACUCCCAACACAGAUAAAAACUCACGCCAUCACCAUCAAUGGCGUAAAGCAACGCCAACACCACAAAUCCUUGCGUGCACCAAACCAUGAUAUAUAGGAAUUUAUUAACCAAAAGCAAAAUUUAAAGAAAAUGGAACUUUAACCCAGCAACUGUCAACGCUAGUUUCUAAACACACACUGGUCGAAGCUAGGGAAAAGAGUGUCCAAGUGUUUAGUUUCUUCCAGGUUAUGUUAAUUGAUAACUGAAUGCGGAAGAAUUAAACCUGGGAAAUCCCGGAGAGUUGUUGUUGCAAGGUAUUUUCAAUUGCAUCCAUGAGAUCAUUGUUGCACUUGCUUUCGCUAGGAUGAGCGAUUCUUCCGCUUAUAGAGUUGAAACCACGUCCCGUCUCGCACAAUGGAGGAUCGACAACUUGGCUUCCUGCUCCUACCGCAAGUCCGGUCCUUUCAAGAUGGGCAACUGGAACUGGCAUUUAUCUGUGGAAAAGCAUCGCUUGUUGUUUGUUAAGUUAUUCCCAGAGAGAUCGAAUAUAACAAAAGAUAAUCCCCCGAUUGCAUCUUUCAUCGUCCGAGUGGUCACUUCUGUUGGAGAUCGCAGAACGACCUUCACUCAUCCAGAGAUAACAGACAAGCAGCUCAAGAAUAACGACGAUUUUGUCUGGGCAAUAGAGGUUCCAUUAGCUGGGAAAUUUAUCAUCGAUAUUGAAUUCCUUGACUUAAAGAUUGCAUCUUCAGACGGUCGACAACCUUGCUCUAUUUGGGCUGACAGACUCACGGAGAAACGAUCCAAUGCGACAGCUCUUGCAUCUCUUGGUCAAAUGUUGACAGACGGCAUCCAUACAGAUACUAGAAUUAAUGCCUCUGAUGGAAGCAUUGGAGCCCAUCGUGCUGUUCUUGGUGCAAGAUCCCCUGUUUUCCACAGCAUGUUCUCUCAUAACUCGAAGGUGUCUUCCAUAGAUAUACCUGACAUGUCAAUCGAAGCUUGCCGAGCUUUUCUCAAUUACAUAUAUGGGGACAUUGAACAUGAAGAUUUUCUCAAGCACCGGCUGGCACUUGUUCGUGCAGCGGAUAAAUAUGAUAUUUUCGACUUAAAAGAGGCUUGCCAUGAGAGUCUUGUAGAAGACAUUGAUGCAAAAAAUGUACUUGAGAGACUUCAGAAUGCAUAUCUAUAUGAAUUGCCAAAAUUGAAGACCAGCUGCAUGCGAUAUCUUGUGAGGUUUGGUAAGAUAUAUGACAUACAAGAAGAUUUCAAUUCUUUAUUGCAGUGUGCAGAUAGGGACCUGAUAGCUGAUAUCUUCCAUGAAGUUCUAGAUGCCUGGAAAGGUUUCUGAAACCCUGCCUGCCAACAAAAGAGAAGGAGAAGAACAAGUGUGUUAAGUCUGUGUAUUUAGUUGUUGGGAAAAUCUGGAGUGGAUGGAAUUAAUUAUACAUCAAAGGAAUGUUUUAACUCGAUGGGAGAGGAACACAUUCUUUAAUAUUAUUCAUAAAAUGAAAUGCAAUUAAUUCAUUUGUUGCUGUAAACUUAGAUUUAAAGAUGUUCUGAUUAUUUUAGAAGCAGAGACUGUUUCCGGGGGAGUUCUGCUAGCUCUUACCUACCACAGUACAGUAGGUUCGUCAUGCAUGCAUCGAAUUGGACUGGCUACACAUGACUAUAUUGAACACUCGGAGUCCAUCGGCUAUCCAUCACCACCAGCCUCAUCAUCUUAACAUUAUCCUAGGCUUGUGUAACUACUUUACAUUUCAUACUUAUCUUAUGUAAACUCUUGUAACAAACUAUUAUAUAUAUACAAUA